CCACCGUUCUUCUCCCUGCUGGAACCUGAUAUGUGCCUCCCUCUCUCUCUCUCGCUCUCUCAUUCGCAGAGCAGGUCGUUCACCCCUCAAACAGUACAGACCAGAGUGGUGUGAUCAGAUGGACGUAUUGGCCGUUCCUGCACACAGACAUAAAGGGUGGUACCUUUCCCUCAUGGCGCCAAACACAAAGGGACCAGCGUUUGCUUGGCUGGAUCCGUCCAGACUCUACUGUAACUCCCAGGCUCUGGCAGACUGCGUCGCUGACCUUCUCAGUCCGUUCUCCAGCGACACUGUUGACCUGGUUGCCGGGAUAGAUGCGAUGGGAUUCAUCCUCGGAGCGUCUGCUGCCACGAGUCUGGGAAAAGGUUUCUUGGCGAUCCGUAAAGCAGGUCACCUGUGUGUCGCGACUCAAAGCCAAAACUACUCUGACUACACAGGUCGAGAGAAGACCAUGGAGACGAGACUGGAUGUUCUGAAACCAGGAGUGAGAGUGUUGCUCGUGGACCAAUGGAUCGAGACGGGGGGAACGAUGAAGGCGGCGAUCGAGCUGGUGGAGCAGCUGGGAGCCACUGUUGUAGGUGUUGCAGCCGUGGCCGUCGAAAACACCACGGGAGGGAAGUGGAUCAAAGACAACUACAGGGUGUCCCACUGCAUCCCCAAAGAACUGCAGAGCCAAGUGGAUCGAAAACAGCUCGAGUCUUUCAAAAGCUUCAACUGCUGA